AUGUCAAACCUCCAAACCCCACCAUUCGAAGCAGAGCAUCAGUUGCUGCCAGGCCCGCAGGCCGGAAGCGAGGCGACUAAGCAUGUUCCUGGGCACCCACGUAUUCGGCUAGAUGACCAUGAUAAAGUCCGCAAGUUUCUAGCUACGGAAUUCUGCGCUGAAGAUGUCGAUCAAGUGGCCGAUAAACUGUGGUGGAUGUCAAAACAAGACAGCCGGAACAUCUCACCGCUCCACCGUCAAUUUGUUAAGCGCCGAACUAUCGUUAUCACGGAAGAGCCAAAGCUCCACCUGGUGUGGUUUCACGACCGAAUCUUCGUCAAGCCGCUCCCGCGGUACAUCGGCUCGUACGACUUCUGGAGGGACUACCUUGGUGCCGAAGCUGGCUCGAACGGAAGUGGAGAUCGGGUUCGGCGGGCGGCUUUGGGGUUUCUACGCACCUAUUAUCAUCUCAUCAAAUUCGAGUCUGACUUUCGGGUCGCCCAGGAACCCAGCCUUAGUCUCGUACCGGCCGAUAUCACUUGGGAGCACUUCUGCAACUUCACGUCCGGCCUUGCUGACAUCGACGACAGAGAUGUUUCUACAAGGUACAACUACGGAGAGAUUCGCUUGACGCGACUAAAUUUCUACGCCCCCAUUUUGCUUCGAAAAUCGCACUUCCAGAGAGUAGAAUACCAAUAUGGACCGUAUCUAGCGCGCUUCUACGUCCCCAUUUUGUUUGUCAUGGGUGUUGUUUCAGUUGUGCUCAGCGGGCUCCAGGUUAUCAUCGCGGUGGGCGAAGGGAAAGAAGAGAAUAGUGGCACUCGACCUGGCAAUGUUGCUCUUUGGUUCAGCGUGUUAAUUAUUUUGGUUUCUUGCGGCCUUCUUGUGGCGCUUGGAAUACUUGUCGCAUACAAAAUAGCGAAAGAGUAG